AUGUGGAAACAGGAGCAAUGGGCAGACGCCAGUACUUCCAAAGUACCAUCCAGAGUGUCAAGUGAUGCAAUUCUUCGGUACGUCAACCACGGCGGGGAUAAUCCCUUUACUUCUCGGCGAUGGAAAUCCUUCGACUGGAACGGUCAGUGCGAAGGGUGGGAUGCUGAGAGAGACGGCAACACAUCGGAUUACUCGGACCUUUCUGAGUAUCUUCCAGAUGACCAUCCAAGUCCAACUGAUGAUUCAGACGGUCCAGAGUACGACUCCGCCUACGACUUUGCCAACGAAACAGAGAGCGAUCCUGAAUUCGGGGAAGCAGAGAGCGCUGAUGGGCGUCGCGAACAUGUCGAGGGUGAUGGAGAUGACGGUACCGCUUCAGAGUAA